UUCUUCUCCUUUUCGUCAGCUCCCAUACGUUUGUCCUGUCCGCUUUUUGAUUCUGUCUCCUGUCUCUCUCUCUCACAGUCGGAGACAGCAUCAGAGGUGGUCUCGGACGAGUCAAGAAAUCAAGACUCCCAGUCUGAUGUUCCCUUCCCUCUCGCCGAUACGUGACUGAUCACUCGCCAACACAAGGCGGCCAUGUCUCUCCACUUCCCCAACAAUCUCGGGCCUCUCGUUUCUUCUCAGUCGGAGGCAGUCGGUUCUGACCUGGGGAAGAAAACAGCCACGAAGUCCAACAUUGGCAUUUCGCUCUUUGAAGGAAGUAAAGAGCAUAUUAGGAAGGUGUUCGACAAGGUCCAGCUGUCUGUAUCGGCAUAUGACACUGCUUGGGUCGCUAUGGUCCCCUCUACAAGUUCCAUUCAGACUGCUCGAUUCCCUCAAUGUGUAAAUUGGUUAUUAAACAACCAAUUAUUGGACGGUUCUUGGGGACUUCCUGAUCGCCACCAUUUGUUGAUGAAGGAUGCUCUGUUAUCAACAUUAGCAUGUAUUGUUGCUCUCAAGCAAUGGGGUGUUGGGGAAAGACAAAUAGAGAGGGGUCUUGAAUUUAUUGCCUCAAACUCAUCAUAUGCUACUGAUGAAGAGCAGCAUCCACUGAUUGGAUUCGAUAUCAUAUUUUCUGAGAUGAUAGAGCAAGCUAAAUACUUGAACUUGAACCUUCCAUUGAGACAAUCCGAUCUAGAUGUUCUGCUUCGGAGGAGAAAUAAAGAAGUGAAAAGAUGCUUGGAAAGCUUCUCAGAAGGAAGUAGGGCUUACCUGUCUUACAUAUCGGAAGGAAUGGGUAAAUUGCAAGACUGGGAAAUGGUCAUAAAGUAUAAAAGAAAGGAUGGAUCCAUAUGCAAUUCACCAUCUGCCACAGCAGCUGCCCUUUCGAACUUGCAAAACUCUGACUGCCUCCGUUACAUCAAUGCACUAUUGGAGAAGCUCGGUGAUGCAGUGCCAGCAGUCUAUCCUCUGGAAAUAUAUUCCUGUCUACAAUUGAUCGACAAUCUGGAAAAGUUGGGUAUUCAUCGUCAUUUCCAGGAUGAAAUUGGAAGUGCUUUGGUUGACAUAUACAAAUGCUGGAUGAACGGGGAAGAAGAGAUAUUUCAGGACGUUGCCUGCCUUGCAAUGGCAUUUAGGAUUUUGCGUUCCCAUGGUUAUGGCGUCUCAUCAGAUGCUUUGAGUCAAUUUGCCGAAGAAGGAGGUUUCUGCAAGACCCUCGAAGGAUAUUUGAUGGACAUGCGGACUGUUUUGGAGCUGUACAGGGCUUCGCAGAUGAUAAUCUACCAAGAUGACAUUGUUUUAGAGAAGCUCCACAAUUGGACAAGUUGUCGGCUCAAGGAGAGGAUAGCUAAUAGUCCUCUUCAUGCAGAUAGACUUGAAAAGCAUGUCCAGCAAGAGAUGGAUCUUGCCCUAAAAUUUUCAAACCAUGCGAAUUUGGAACAGUUUGUUAAUAGGAGAAAUAUAGAGCAUUACAACACAGAUAAUACGAGGAUCCUGAAAUCUGCUUUCCGCUAUACUAAUAUUGGGAACAAAGUUUUGCUGAACUUGGCAAAGGAGGACUUCAACAAGUCUCAAGCAGUACACCAGGAAGAACUCAAACACCUCGCAAGAUGGGUAACUGACAAACGACUCGACAAACUUAAGUUUGCUCGGCAAAAGCUCGCCUAUUGUUACUUUUCCGCAGCAGCAGCUCUUCCAGCUCCGGCACUAUCAGAUGCUCGCAUUGCAUGGGCUAAAAAUGGUGUCCUUACUACCGUGGUUGAUGACUUCUUUGAUGUUGGGGGAUCAAGGCUGGAACUUGACAAUCUAAUAAAAUUGAUCGAAAAGUGGGAUGUAGAUGUGGCUGCUGAUUGCUGCUCUGAGAAUGUCAAGAUCAUAUUUUUGGCUCUCCAGAGCUCAAUAUGCGAGAUUGGAGAUAGAGCAAUUAUCUUGCAAGGACGUAAUGUGAAGGCUCAUGUGGCUGAAAUUUGGUUAGAUCUGUUGAAGUCUAUGUUGAAAGAAGCUGAGUGGUCUGCAACAAAAUCAGUUCCACAGAUGGACGAGUACAUGGCUAAUGGACUAGUAUCAUUUGCUUUAGGCCCAAUUGUUCUCCCAACUCUCUACCUUAUCGGGCCCAAACUUUCAGAAGAUGCUGUUAGAAGCACGGAGCUCCUCCACUUGUUCGAGCUUAUGAGUACUUGUGGGCGUCUGUUGAAUGAUAUUCAGGGCUUCAAGAGAGAAUCUGAGCAAGGGAAGCUGAAUGCAGUAUCACUGCAAAUGACUCAUGGGGGAGUAAGCAAAAAAGAGGCCAUUAACUCGACCAAGGACUUGAUUGCGAGCAACAGGAGAGAGCUCCUGAAGCGAGUUUUGGGAGAGAGUGGUGUGAGCAGCAUAGUCCCGAGGGCUUGUAGGGACCUGUUCUGGAAGAUGAGCACUGUGUUGCACCUCUUCUACAUGGAGGAAGAUGGUUUCACCUCGCAGAAGAUGGCUGAUGCCGUAAAAGACUUGCUUGAACGACCGAUCAUUCUCAAUGAUCAACCGUAGUUGUCUUAAUACUAUCUGAAAAUUAAGUUGUGUGCUCUGGCACUUUUGUGCGCAGUCUUAUAUUUUGUUGAUAAAGAGAAUGUCCUUUUUCCAAGAGGAUGAAUUCCUCGAACUUGUUUUUGUUUCCUUUGCAGUGAUGUACCUUGCUCUGUUUCUGGGGACGAAUUUCUUGCUAUGCGGAAGGGACUCUAUCUGUUGCCUGAGAAUUUCGAUGGACAGAGCGCUUUGAGUUACUAGUGCACAGAGAUGGAACUGAGACGGAGGUUGUGCCCAAAGUAGAUCACUAUCCUACUUUCGUAUACUCUUUCAUUCCAUAGCACCAAACGUACCAAAUGUGACACCGCGAGUAUGCAAAAGACACGGUUUCCGUGUUGAGUCAUAGGUCAUCUUUGAAAAAGAGAAAAUUUAAUUAUUGGCGGGACAGUAACGGUCAUGCAUCUUUACAAGGUUCUCCCUGUCUGUCUGUCAGUCUCUCUCUCUCUCUCUCUCUCCCUCUUUCACUGUUGCCUUUAGCAUCUUUUUCAUCUACUAAGCCUUAACCUAGACGAAAGCAUCCGGUCCCUUUUGUUUCUUCUUCAGUACUCCGUUCUCUCUCUCUCCGAGCGAAACGAGAUGGGUAGCAUCUUCUCCUCCCUCAAGCAAUGCGCCCAAGUCUACACCUGGCAGCACCCUGCGACGACCAAUUCCAGCCAGACCAGAGUGCCGUUGCCGCUGCCAUCUCGACGCACCAUGUCAAAGGAAGAGGUCCAGAGUCACAGGAAAAAAUACUCGUUCAUUGCCGAUAACUUCACUUCCCUUGAUCAGGUUACUGCCGCCUUGAGAGAAGCGGGACUGGAGUCAUCUAAUCUCAUCGUCGGCAUUGAUUUUACGAAAAGCAAUGAGUGGACUGGUUUGUGGUUUUGCAUUUUGAUGAUGUCUUGCGCCGUACAGUUGGGGAGGAUAUGCGAUCCCACUUGGCUUAGAAGAUUUCUGGUGAAAGGGAAUAACUUGAUAUGCUAAUUGUCUUUUCUUUUUUUUUGUGUUUUCUGCCAAUCGAUUGAUGUUUUCAUUGAGAAGGCAAAGCUUCGUUUGGGAACCGGAGCUUACACACUAUUGGAGAUACCCCAAAUCCAUAAGAGAGCGCCAUCUCAGUCAUUGGCAAGACUUUGGCUCCAUUCGAUGAGGACAACUUAAUCCCGUGUUUUGGCUUCGGUGACGCCACAACCCAUGAUCAAGAGGUCUUCAGCUUUCACAGUGAUCAUUCUCCUUGCCACGGAUUCGAAGAAGUUUUGACCUGCUACAGACGGAUCGUUCCGAAUUUGAGACUUGCAGGUCCGACAUCAUACGGACCAGUGGUUGAGGCGGCAGUCGACAUUGUGGAGAGAAGUGGCGGGCAGUUUCAUGUAUUGAUCAUUAUUGCCGAUGGUCAGGUAGACAAACCUUGCCGAACCAAAAUGGCUAGGCCAGGGUCGGGUAGGGGUGAAAGAUCUCAAGCCUCCUCGGUCCAUGACCAGGUCCUGUGAGCACAGAGAUACACAUAAUUCUCCCGUAAAAAUGAAAUAGCCGUGCCUCACUUGUCAAAUGCAUGGUCACAUGUUCUGGCAUAAAAUUCAGAUUCCUUACUCUAGGUUACAAAGAGCGUUAAUACCCGGGAUGGGGAGCUGAGUCUGCAGGAAGAAAGGACGAUCCAAUCAAUCGUGACUGCGAGUUCAUAUCCGCUUUCUAUAAUCCUUGUUGGAGUGGGUGAUGGACCGUGGGAUGACAUGAAGAAGUUCGACGACAAGAUCCCCGCCCGUGAUUUUCAUAAUUUUCAGUUUGUCAAUUUCACCGGUAUUAUGUCAAGAAGUGGAACUCAAUCCGAGAAGGAAGCUUCAUUUGCUCUUGCUGCUCUCAUGGAGAUCCCGUUUCAGUACAAAGCAGUCAUGGAACUCUGCAUUCUCGGCCGUGUUAUGGGGAAAGCUAAGAGGGUAAAUCCACGCCCUCCUCCACUUCCUCACCAUCCACAUGCCACCCUUACUCGUGAACCAAGCAACCCUACAGCCACCACAGUAGACGAUCAGAACCAGGCCUGUCCUAUUUGCCUGACAAAUCGCAAGGACAUGGCAUUUGGCUGUGGUCACAUGACUUGUAGAGAGUGCGGACCAAGGGUGCGGAACUGUCCUAUAUGCCGGCAGCCAAUCAGCAGUCGCAUUCGGUUGUAUACAUAAGAACAGAUACAUAGUAAAACGUAUAUAUAUCAGAAUAUUCAUAACAUUCUUCUGGAUGUAGAAAAUCAUCAUACGAUUGUAAAGCUUGAUUCCCGAGACUCAUAGUACCAGAGUUUCGUUGGUUUUGCAAUUGGUUUAUACACUGGUUGUACCUGACGACCUUAAUUAUUCUCUUGGGCUGUUGCUUUCUGAGUUUGCAGCAAUAUUAUUUUUUUACUUGAGGC